GUUGUACUCCUGAUGCUAUUGCAGCCGUCUCAAUCUUUUGAAGUUCAAGGUUUAUUUGUGUGUGAUUUAUAAGGAAAACUAAGAAAUGGAUCAGUGGAAAAAUCGAGUUGCUGUUGUAACUGGUGCUUCAUCAGGAAUUGGUGCUGCACUCGUAAAGGAUCUCGUAAAGGCGGGAAUGAUAACAGUUGGACUAGCCAGACGUGUGGACCGAAUUGAAGCCCUCAAGAAGGAACUUCCAGAAAAUUUGCGAUUUAAUUUGCACGCAAUGAAGUGCGAUGUGUCGCAAGAAGAGGAAAUUAUAAGAGUUUUUGAGUUGAUUGAUGCCAAAUUCAAUGGGAUCGACGUGCUCAUCAACAACGCCGGUGUUAUUCGUGAUACAGCUCUCAUUGAUGCAGAUAACUCCACACCAAUUCGAGAAGUUAUCGAUACAAAUGUGAUGGGACUCGUUUUUUGUACAAGAGAAGCCUACAAGUCCAUGGAGAAGCACGGGAGGAACUCCCAUGUUGUCCACAUUAACAGCAUUGUUGGGCAAUACUUCCUCGGAAUGGUCAGUCAACCAUCGCUGAAUAUCUAUCCUCCAAGUAAAUUUGCCGUGACUGCAAUCACGGAAAUUCAUCGCCAGGAAUUUAUUCGCAGCAAGAAGCACAUUAAAGUCUCCUCUGUGAGUCCUGGAGUCGUACUAACUGACAUUUUUCUCCCGGAGCACAGAGAUUUGAUCCCACAGGGACCACAUUUGCUUCCUGAGGAUAUCUCCGCAAGUGUACUUCACAUCCUGGGAACUCCUCCUCAUGUUCAGAUACACGAAUUAACGAUUAAACCGUUUGGAGAGAUGAUUUAAUAAAGGAAUGCUUUUUUAGUGCAA